UGUUUGGGUUUUCUUGCACUCAAUUAAUAGAUCUUGUAGAGUUGCACUACUUGCAUUGUUCUCCGCUUGAUAUAUCACUUUGCUUGUAUUUCCUCAUUUCACAUAUUCUCCCUCACACUCCCUAGUGAAGUGGCAAAGUAGGUUCGCUAGGAGGGUCAGCUGAAGGACUAAGCGGAGCAGCAUGGCCCUGCUUGCAUUGCGACCUCUCAUUGUCUGCCCUUAAUUGAGCCACAAGAUACCUUAAUUUGUGUAAGUUCUCGUCCAUUAUCAAACACAUUUCCAUUUCCAUUUAUUCACUUAGCAGACGCUUUUAUCCAAAGUGACUUACAAAUGAGGAGCUACAAGCAAAGUGAUAUAUCAAGUGGAGAACGAUACAAGUAGUGCUACUGUAUAAGAUUUAUAAUUGAGUUCUAGAAAAGCAGAGUGCGAAGAGUAGAGGUGUAAGAGUUAGGGCAAUUUUAUUUAUAUAUUUAUUUUUAGGAUAAUGUGGGGUUGGCAUUUUAGGGGUUAGUUAGGUGUUCACGGAAGAGGUGGGUCUUUAGCUGUUUUUUGAAGAUAGUGAUGGAUUCUGUGGUCCGGAUUGAAGUUGGAAGUUCAUUCCACCACUGAGGAACAGUUAGUGUGAAGGUUCUGGAAAAGGACUUUGAGACACAUUGAGUAGGUACUACUAAACAUCGGUCGUUAACCGAUGACAGAUUGCAUGAGGGAACAUAAACCUUCAGGAGAGAGUUGAGGUAGGAGGGUGUUGAUCCAGACAAGGUCUUAUAGGUGAACAUCAAAGCCCUGAAUUUGAUACGGGUGGAUACAGGAAGCCAGUGGAGGGAGAUGAAGAGGGGUGUGACAAAGUCUUCUUAGGAGAACCUCCUAAACUCAUAAACCUUUAUUUAAUUCAUACUGAAUCACAAGAAAUUUUCUUCCUUCUCUAAGAAAAUCUGCAAACACUCCACAAGUCUUACAGGCAUCAUGACCAUCCUUUAUAUUUACAUCUUAUGGGUUGCUGCUUGUGUAGACUCCAUCAGUGAAGCUCCUCACGCUGUAUCAGCUCGAGUGGGUUCCACAGCCAUCCUGCCAUGUAGACUGAGAACUGUGUUCUCCUCAUCAACAGAUGUUUAUUGGUACAACAGUAAUAAAUUUGUGCUUAAGCGAAACGGCUAUGGUAUGAUAGUGGGUUCAGGAUAUGAAGGACGUGUGGAUGUUUCUGAGGACGAGCUAUGUAAAGGAAUCUGUUCCUUAGUGUUGAAGAAUGUCAGAAUCACUGAUGGCGGUGUCUACAAACCCAGUUUGCUGGUACCCACACCCAUUGCUCACAUAAAAGCCGAGGUUUUAAUGAACAGGGUCGAACUUUCGGUCGAAGUCUUUUGGAACAUUUCAGUUCAAGUGGGUUCCACAGUUGUCCUGCCAUGCGAUUGGAGAAAUCUGCCCGUCCACACACCUCAUGUUGGGUGGUCUAUCGAUUCUGAGGUUGUGUUUGAGCGAACAGGUAACGAGUCGUUUCCAGGUGAAGGAUAUGAGGGUCGUGUGGACGUUCCUGAGGAUGAGCUGCUUAAAGGAAACUGUUCCCUGGUGUUGCAGAACGUCAGAGUUACUGAUGCUGCUGUCUACAGAAGCUCCCUCAUCGUGAAACAGACAGAGAAACCCGUUUUGGUUCAUGAAGUUGAACUCUCAGUCGAUGCCGGGGUUUGGACAGGAGUAGGAGUAGGAGUAGCUGGGACUAUUGCAGUGAUUGGAGUGAUUGGAGUGAUUGUUGCUGUGGUGUACUGGUGUAAAAGAAGAAGAAACCAAAACCGCAGAAACCCUGAUCCUCCACAAACCUACUCACUGCCUAAUACACAAAUAAAUCCUGCAAACACAAGUCAAGAUGAAAAUCCUAAUGAUCAAGGAGAACAUCUCCUGCUGAACACAUCACCGGACGAUCAUGGUUCUGUGGUUUUGGAGAAGGGUGCUACCCGAUACAAUCCAGUCAGGACAGAUCCUGAGUAAUGCAACUUCCAGCACAACAGUUGGUAAUAACACUAACCCUAGGUUUCCUCUCACCUCCCAAAAACAUGCCAGUAGAGGGACUGGCUGUGCUACAUUGAUCCUAUGUGACAUUGAACCUACGUGUGAAUAAGUGUGUGAAUUGUACCCUGUGAAGGACCAGUAUCCCACUGAUGGUGUAUUACAUAUUAAUCAUGAUGACACUGAUGACAGUCAUUGCAUUCCCCAACAGAACUCCUUCAUUUCCUGCUUUCAGAAUCAUUUCUUUACAAUGUCACAUUUGACAGGGCCUGUCGCACAACAUUGUUUUCCUCCUCAGCAUGGCAACUCCACAUGGAUCUGCCUCUCUCUGGCUCAGUUUUAUUUAAGUGGUGGUGAUUAUGUUACCCUGGGUACUCACUCACACAGAGAUUCAUUCUAGGCCCUUUACUCAUUUAUGAUCUUCAUCACUGCUUUUCCCUGGUCAGGGGUGUGGUUGAGCUUUAUCAAUGUGUAAGGCAGAGAUGCACCCUAGUGGAGAUACCAGUCUAUUGCAGGGCAUUAUCAAAAGGUGCAUGUGGUUCCCCUACAUGAUAUAAUUAUUAAAUACAAAUCUGCUUAUAUCAGUAUGCAGAUAGAUUUAUUUUUAGCAUGUAGUGUCAUGUAAACAUGGCUAAGAAACUCCUAGCAGACAGGGAGAAAAAACAGAAUUGUACCUUAACAAACCUAUUGAUUUAUCUUAAAAAGCAGAAAAGCAUCGUUUUCACAUGACUCCAGUGUCGCCAUAGCAAUGGGUCAAACAUUUAAACUGCUGCAGUUAAACUAUAAAUGUUGGCACCUCCUCUAGAAGCCUAUUGACUGAUUGUUUUACUGUGUAGAGGACAUUAACCUGUGUCACCUGUGGUAACUCUAAGUGCAUAUACUGAGUCAAACUGUCUGUCCAAGAGAAUACCUACAGUACACAGCAGCAGUGAUGACCUGUUUACACACACAAAAAGGGGAGAAAAAUGCUUUUUGUUAGCAGAUUAUCAAAGCAUGAUAACUGUACUAGCAAACAGUAUUGUCAAACCUAAAUGGGAAAAAAAUGUAGGGAGGAACUAAAGCCUUGAGUGGGGAGCUGAAGCACUGGACCAUACACACCAUAGGAUUGGUUUGAGGAAUCAUUUGAGUGAUCAUUUGGAUUUGUCACUUUAACACAUUAUAUUUAAUUUGUAUAGAAUAUAGAAAAUUUCAGUACAAAUGUCGCUUGUUACAAAAAUCACGAUUCCAUAUUGCGCACGUACAUAGAAAAUAAACUAUCACUGUGUUACUUGUUAGCGUGAAUGUAGGGUUGAAGUUAACCCUGACUACACUGUUUAUUGUUUUCCAGUCAAUACAGCUGAGUUAUGUUUGUUCCCACAGGAGGUGCGUUCUAACCACUAAUGCACCAUGCCCCCAUUAUUAUUAUUAUUAUUAUUAUUAUUAUUAUUAUUAUUAUUAUUAUUAUUAUCUCUAUUA